CAUUUUUGUCAAUGACUGUUCUAUUUUGCAUAUCACGAUAUAUCAGCAGAAAUAUAUAUUGUUGCUUUUAUUUUUAUGCGUUGAUAAUAAUUUUAGAAAAUCGAGGCGGACAAUAAGUCAGUUGUUUCAAGAAAAUGACGGCACUCGCGAGAAUCUCACAAGCAAAUAUUGUGCAAGCUACGAAAAAACAUACAGCUACCGUAUUUUUCUUCCACGGUUCCGGUGACACAGCAGCAAAUAUCAAAGAAUGGGUUGAUAUUGUUAACAGAGAGAAACUGCAAUUUCCUCAUAUAAAAUUAAUUUAUCCUAGUGCGCCUAGUCAACCUUACACACCAAAUGGCGGAAUGAUGCAAAAUGUGUGGUUUGAUCGCAUGGCAAUAUCUAAUCAAGUGCCAGAACAUAUAGAGUCAAUUAAUUCUAUGUGCCAAAAUGUAUCAGAAUUGAUUGAUAAAGAAGUAGCCAAUGGAAUUCCAUUUAACAGAAUAAUUUUGGGUGGCUUUUCGAUGGGUGGUUGUCUUGCAUUGCACUUAGCAUAUAGAUACAAAACAUCUAUAGCUGGCUGCUUUGUUAUGUCUUCCUUCCUAAACAAAGAAUCUAUAAUUUAUGAGCAUCUAAAAGCAAAGCCAGAACAUAAUAAAAUACCACUUGUUCAAUAUCAUGGUACAACAGAUACUUUAGUUCCUAUUGAAUGGGGUGAAGAGACUGCUAAAAAUCUGAAGGAGCUUGGCGUGAAUGUGAAAUUUAUACCGCUGCAAAAUAUUGACCAUGAAUUGAGUAGAGCAGAGAUACAAAGUUGGAAAGAUUGGCUCCUCAAUAUCUUACCAGAUAAAUAAUGUAUGUUAAUUUUAAAGUAUUUCCCUGCACCGGAGAUUAGGAUCACAGAAUCCUCCCUUCUCCAGUUUUUCCUACCAUCCCCUUGAGCGUGGAUAUACACGCAUGCGACGAGAAUAAGGAAGGGGAGAAACGGCCGACGAGUCCAUCGGCAACGAGUGCGCAGUGAAACGAAGAGAGUGAACUGCGACGGAAUUGCUGCGCCCUUCGGCUGACUCCGGAUGGGGUGGGUGGUGGAUAGCCCCACUGGCCUGGCGUUCUCGUUCUCACCACCGACGUCGCGUCAUGACACGGACGUUUAUUUUUCGUCGCAGUAUCGACUUUUAUGAGAAAGAUAUAAAGCACACACGUUAUCAGUUAUUAAUUACGAUACAAAACACCCCGAUGUGAGAUCGAUGUUUAAUCACGAGGAACUUGCGAAGAGGGUGAACAUAAAAGGUAGCGGAUUAAAGUGCGUAUUGAGCUAAGAAUAUUCCUAUAGGGGAAAAUCUUUAAAAAGGAAGGAGAGAAAAUACAUACACAUACGCGCGCGUAUAAAAUACGUAUACACAUUAAUUUAUAUACGGGGUGGAAAACUUGUAUUAUAAAACGAAACGAUAUACAUAAUGAUGGUGACUUUUGCGGUCAGCAGUUUCCGCGGAGUGAACGUAAUAAAAUUGUAAAAAAAAAGGAUGAACGCUCAUCGACGCGCAAAUAAAGUGAUUAAUGUAGAUGUAGCCUGGACGUGUCGAGAAUAAAUCUGGGUCAUCACGAAUGGAUCUCUCGAUAGAUAGACCGAAAUAAGAUUUUAUCACUUUCUCUAUUAAAACAAGAUUGGAAGUUGAAUCUUUAGGAUGGAUGCAGUUGAGUGCUAAAUGCUGAAGAUGAAUUUACGUUAUUAAAAAUGUGCUUUUAAUUUAUAAACAAUAUAAAAAAACAUCUUGGACGAUAUAAAAAACUUAAUUACACAUUAAAGAAAUGCAUAUCCAGAGAGUAAUAUAAACUCAGACAAGGUAAUGUGAGAUACACGUUAAUUAAUAAUUUAAUAACAGUAAUUAUAUUUACAUAAUAUUAAUUACUUUAUCGUACGACUUAAUUAGAAUAUAUUGUGUAAAUGAGAUAAUCGCUGGUGAUAUUAAUAUAAUAAAAGACGAAUAUUUCAUGGUUCGUCGAGGAAACAACAUCUUUCUUAUUAGCUUCUGACAAGUGCGUCCGAAGAACGCGCCCGGUGAACGCUCGACGGUAAAUAAUAUGGCGUGUGUUGGUCCGCAGUCGGUGACGUCAAGGACUGAGAGAUAUGUCGAUGGUUCGAUGUAAAGAGGGCAACGAAAGUGGAUACAACGAAAUUUCCCAAAGGACGUAGAAUAAAUUUCCCGAAGGAACGAAAAAGAGAAACCAAAUCGAUGUUACAGAAAUAAUAGAAACGAAAAGAAACAAGAUAUUCGUGCUAUAGAAAUAAAGACAAUGGAGUCUCCAUGUUACCCCGAAGCAGUAUUUAUAAUAAAGCUUUUUAAAUCAUUUUGAAUGAUUCUAUUU